AAGAAACUGAAAAUUCCACAUUCGAAAUGGAUAACUGUCGACGUGCUGGAAAGCGAAUCUGCCUCACUUAUAUACUCUCAUUUCUGCUGCUUUCGGCGUUUUUCUACUACUUAAUGGUCCACAACAGCAGGAAUAAUAUGGGAAUAUUGCGACUGCGUGAGGACGUAGAUGAUAUAUCGCAUCUGCUACGUCAGCAGCAAAUAGAAAGCAAAGAAGCCCAAACGAACAAGUUCAACUGUCUUGGAGGAGAGCCCAAGGGAAUGGGAUCUGGCAGGUUUGAUAGCCCGGAAUUGACCGCUUAUUUGGACAAUCUAUUCAAACGCAAGAUCGGGCAUUUAAUGGACGAUGUGUACAACCUGAAGAAGAAUAUUAUGAGCUCCGAGUGCUCCGCCCGAAGUGCCCAAUCGCAAGCCCAAUCCAGUCCCAAGUCUGAGUCCGGCUCGGUGACAAAGCCUCGUAUAAACUACGCUUCCGAGGAACUUGGCGCCAGGAUCAUCGAAGUGAAAGCACAACCCAUUCAUGGCACCAACAUAAUCAAGACAUUUCUGGGGUUGGAUUUCAGCGCCAAUCCGCCGGUGAAUAUGAUUCGCCCAGGACUAUCGCCAGGUGCCUGUUUUGCAUUUAAUGGUAGUAAGGCAAUGGUGACCCUUCACCUGGCCAAAACUAUAGUCGUGGAAGCCAUCUCCCUGACCCACGUGGCUCGUGAAAUGACGCCCAGUUUGUGUGUGAAGAAUGCUCCCAAGGGCUUUGAUGUUUAUGGUCUUCCCACGGCGAAUUGCAAAAAGGAGUUGUUGGGACAGUGGUCCUACGAUAACGCGGCCAACAAGCGCACUCAGACGUACAGUGCGCACAGCAGUUGUUUCUUUAGAAAUCUGUUAAUCUCGUUUAACUCUAAUCACGGUGCGAAUUCCACGUGCAUAUAUCGCGUUGAAGUUUUUGGAAGACUGCAGUCUUGAUUUAUUGUUACUUUUAUUUAUAUAUUUAGCUUAUGUAUUAUUUUUGAUUGAAAAAUAUAUUACUAUUAUUUUGUUGAUUAUU